UUUGCUGUUUUUUAUAGCAUAUCUGGGUCAUAUUAUUACUUCUCGGUACUAUAUAAAACAUCAUGAGAUGUGGUCGUGAAUCCGAAGUUCCAAACAGCGACGGAAACAAUUUCCUUCGUUUCAGGUUUUGGCCUUGUAGCUGUCCUUGGUGCUGACUUAGUACUCUCUAAGCAGAGGUUACACUCUGGCUGGUUUUGAACGUUUUGCAAGGCGGCUUUGUCGGACUUUCUAUCUUGUCAGGUUUCUUUUUGUCACAUUUCGCUUGGCCAAAAACGCCAAAAAACGUAUGACCCCCACCCGGAGAAUACUGAUUCAGCGGUCAUUUAUGUGUGUUACGUUAAAUGCAGAAUUGAAAAAACAGUUGAGCUGCAGUACCUAGAAACCCGAGCAUAGACUUGCUUUUUGUCAUAACCCAUGAUAUCAUCUAACACAUCAUUAUUGUAUCAACAAAACGAAAGCUGAAGUUUUUAACGAUAGAAGCCUGAAUGGAAACAUAUCAUAUUGGGCGAACGCUAACAAAACAUGGUCUUGUUUCUCCUUCAGCGUAGGCGGCAUGUCUCUCACAGAAAAUCUUUUAUAACAUUAGCUGCUAUGAUUGUUAUAAGAUCAUCCAUAUCAAGGCCGUGUUGAAAGCUGACGACACAAUAAGAUUCUCAUCGAUUCGACCAGUUUGAUUCUAUUACAUAACUGCAGUUGAUUGCGUAAUUGACGAAACGAGUGGAAGGUUACCCUUUUAGGAAGUUCAUUAUGAAAACGUGUCCAUAAUCUGCGUGAUUUCAACUUCUCUGGCCCUCGGGAGAGUUCAACUUCUUUAUCUUCGUUUUCCAAACCUAGAUCUGUCUUACAUAGAUGUGACUGCUGAAAUUCUCAAUGUAAGCGCUAGGCAAAGGGAAUGGUCUCCAUGUGCUGGAAUAGAGUGAGAAAAAUUAGGGAUAUCCAGUAUAAAGUAUCAAUUAUGGCAAAUGAUUCUGAUCAGCUGAAUAGAGAAGAACAGCAAUGGAUGGUGUCGCUAGACGCAACCCACGACUAGUACACCCUACCUUCUCCAACAAAAACCCACGCACAUGUUGUAUACACAUGUAGUAGGUUCUACAUGGUCCAUCAUAAUCGGUUGUUCUCGGUUAUGCAAAAGUUUUCUUUCUAGUUCCAGUGCGCUGUGUAUGCGUGUAACUGAAUGUAUUAUCGCUGUUGUGUCGGCAGCUCCACUAGUGCAGUACCCGCAUCGCGUGAUGUGAACAGAGACAACCACUUCCCUACUGUCACCGUAACUUAUGGUGCGGGCUCAGGUUCCGGGAUGGCUGAACAGAUGCUCUGUCGAAACGACUCUCUUGUUCAUGAUUUAUUGGCCCGAGAUAAAGGCCUGUACUUUGUAACUGAACAUCCAAUAUGUCUCCCAGGGCCAUCAAUUAGACAUAGAUCAUGGACGUCAUUGGUGACCAGAGAUUGCAGCUUACAGUUUAUUAUUUAUUCCCAUCGUUUUGUCUCACAACAACGACAGAAUUUCAUCUUAUUUCAUUUUAUUUAGAACAUUGGACUGUCAGGAUCUGCUUUAAUGUCUGCCUUGAAUGACAGGUCAUACUUGAAAGACUCUAUCUAGUGUGCCUCACCGGUGAAAGAGCCGGACGCAUGAUGAUGAUGAUGAUUGGAACUUUGUUUGCGGAAUGCAUAAUUUUCUCGUUUGAGUUGAAUUUGAAUCACACGAACGUACAGACGUACCCGCUAACGUUGUCAAGCAGCGUUCGUGUGAUUUAUUCACACAAAACGUUUAUAUCACCCAUGGUUCUGGCUUCAAUCGCGGAACAUCUUUCCAUCUAAAUUUUCCUGUACGAACAUAUCCGAGAUAAACCAGAGCUCUUCCAAUUAUGAUUUGUGUACGAUCAUGAAGAAGUCCAGGCUAAUUGCCUAUAGGUAGGCCAUAAAGCGAACCCAUGUGUGCCUCUAGCCAGGGAUUUACUGACUGGAUCAACCACGAUUUCUGACGGAAGUGGAACCGUCGUUCGUUUCCUAAAAUUGAUAACUUGAUUUGACCCUUAAUCUAUCAUGCUCUAAUCUCGUCUCAUGUAAAUCCACAUGCAUUAUUGAUGAGGAAAAAUAUCUAAAUUUAUCACAGGUAUUUCUGCGUGCUUGAUGACACAGCGUGCCAGGAGAGCACUGCGGUCCUGGGGACGAGGACUACACGGAAGCUCAACGACAAGCUGAAAACUUUGCCAUAUGCAACAAAAACACUGCAUUCAUACAAAUCCAGGAGUAAACAGCAUCUCAGCGACAGCAAACCGGUUUGACCGUUUGUACGAGAACCAGGACCAUGUCACCAACCAAGGCAGCGAAUCAUAAAAACUCCGGUGGUCCGGGUAGCCAGAGUCUACCCGCGGCAGAAAUCAUACUGUACACCGUCGGUUUCUGCUGCCCUGCCGCCUACAGCAUCUACUGUGUGUACGUGGUGUCCAUGGAGAAUGAAAUUGAACUUCUCGGCGGUAAACAGAAUGUAUCUGCCUUUCUUGGAAGGAGGAUGGAUGCUACAGACUUUGAGUGGACUUUUUGGAAGACCUGGUUCAAGAACGGUCUCUUUGGCUGCUUCUUAGGACACGUCAUCGUUAGUAACAUGGUGAAAAGAUUUAUACCAAAGUAUAAGAAAGAGUGCAUCCUCGCAUACAGUUUCUUAUCUCUAUAUUGUGUCAUUGGUUUGAAGCCAUUGGCACUCUUGACAUUGCACAGUCUACUAUUUUAUGCAGCGGCAGUUUUGAGAUCAAAAUUGCUGUGCUGGGGGAUGGGAACGUUCCUUAUGGCGACCCUCAACUCCAGUCUCUUCAGAGUUCUUCAGUAUAAACUGGCCGGGUCAGAAUCCACCUAUUACCUGGUCCUCAGUAUCACCGCCAUCUCCAUUCUCCGUCAGGUCAGCUUCAGCUUAGACGUCUGUCGAAGGAAAGACAAGAAAGUCUGCAGCGUUGUGGAUCUGCUCGUCUACAACUUCUACAUCCCACUGGCGUUCCUCGGACCUGUUGUGACGUAUGAUACUUUUCAAGAACACUUCAAGAACAGUACUGUGGUGGACAAGGCAAGGGCUGUGCGCGUCUGCUGGUAUAUAUGUAGAGUCACAACAUGGGCAGUCUUCACGGAAAUGGCCUGUCACUUCCUCUACUUCUGUGCCUUGGAACAGAAUGGACACUUCCUACACGUAAAGUACGUCAUCUUCUACGGCAUGACCUCAGCACUGGCGACGUUAGACGGAGUAGAAACCCCGCCCCUCCCCAGGUGUGUCAGUACUUGUUACAGCUUCAGAACGACGUGGAAGUACUUCGACAGCGGCCUAAACAUCUUUCUCGUCAGGUACGUGUAUAUACCGUUGGGAGGAUCUCGCAAGGGGCUGAUGUGGCAGCUGCUGGGAAGUGCUGCGUGCUUCUCCUUCGUCUGUUUCUGGCACGGCGGGCACGACAACAUCGCCAUGUGGAGCGUCUUCAACUGGGCCGGCAUCGUGGUGGAAUCACUGGGAGCAGCUCUCAUCAAAACCAGCACUGCACAGACGUACCUGAACACAUAUUCCCUCAGGAAUCUGAGAAGGAUGAAAGCCGCCAUGUUUGCACCAGUUGCUACUCUCUUGAUCAUCAAUAACUUAGUUUUUGUCGGAGGCAGACAAGCCGGGUCUGUCUACUUCCACAAACUCCUGACCUACAACUUUCCGGUGGGGACGCUUGGUCUGCUUUUCACAAUGUACUGUAGUGUUCAACUGAUCUUCGAGUUGGAACGUGUGUUUUACAAGAAGAGUAAGAUGGAUUGAAAGAAGCAUUUAAAACGUGUUUUUGCCAACGUUGAUAUGACGAUGAGGAAAUAUCAUAGAUCUGCGUGGGUAAUAUCAUAGUGCAAGUACACAACGUAGUGUCGGCGUUC